AAGUACCUAGGUACAUCAGAUCCUGUCACAAGGUAAACAUCGCUGCUCGUGACCCUUUUAGCUGGCAUUAUUGUAGAGCAUUGCUUACAAUAACAUUUUACAAACCCAUCGGUAUUGGACAACACAAAAUGUGUAGCCGAUACUAUGAUUAGAUUAUUACUGAAUGUAUUAAUAAGAAUUGGACAGGAAUAAUCUGUUUACACCGCCAUUGUUUCCUGGUUUUCUAGUUGGUUAAAGUUAGCAUUAGUUGUUAGCGGUAGUCAAAGCCUUUUGCUUGUGGUUACAACGUACAAGCUAACUAGCUAGCUACGUGACGUUGAUAGUUUACAGUUCGAGAAUGGCAUCGUCAUUUAUUAUUGGACAUACAUUUCGAGAUAGGGUAAGCAAGUUGCUGAAGAAAGAAGGGGUCUCAGUUCCCACGGAACUGCGGAAGGAACUGGAGCAUAUUAUUGAACAGGAACAGUCACCCAUUCUGUCCUUUCGAACUGCGAGGACAUUUCAUAAAUAUCUGCAAGACAAUGGUCAACCAUUUUACCUUAAUGAGCUGUUGGAGGACAGCUCACUGCACCUGCCUAAAGUUGAAACGCCACCCAGAAACCCUGUGUUGGUGGCUCGUCUGGAGCGAAUCAAAGCCAAGUUGGCCAAUGAAGAGUACAACAGAAUCACACGAAAUGUAAACAGUCAGGUAAUAAAUCGUCGCGAAACACUAGCAGACUUCGGGAGAGAAGUGCGCUCAGCGAAAGCUGCAGUUAUAACGGUCUUCAACUUCCUAGUGACAGUGGCAGCGACAUUCGCCUGCGCCUAUCUGGGCAGUCAGUACAUAUUUACUGAGACCACGGCGAGAGUGAUAUCUGCUGUGAUCGCUGCAUCUGUAGUUGGCCUGGCAGAGCUGUAUGUUUUGGUACGGACCAUGGAGGGGGAGCUAGGAGAACCCUAGCACCAGUCAGUGUUCAUCCUUUCAACCAAAAACAUUCCUGUGAACUGUGCCUAAUCUGACCUAUCUGUGAACUUGCCAUUUCAAAUCAAAUGGGUUGAUGUACUCCACUUACAUUACUACAAAGCCAUUGAUAAGAAUUGUCCCACAUUGUUCACAGAUUGAAAAUGGAUUAGUGUGAGGAUCUUGAGUUUGACCCAGAUGUAAGAAUUUUGUGCUUUAACAUUGCGGUGCUAAUAUGCUAAUAUUGAAUACAUUAAGAUUUCUUUAAGAUAAAUUAAACCCAUUUUGCUAUUUACGUACAUAGGUGUUGGAAUUAGAGGGCCUGUUCAAAUGCCUCUAUUUUAAUUGGUUUCCUUUUAUAACAUGUAUGAUACUUCUAGGCCAGAACAGGUAUUCUUUAUACAGUACAUUAUUGGUUCUGUACUAUACAAUUUUCACAACAAAUCACAGGUUUUGGAAGUUGGGGUUGGAAAGUUUUUUGCUCGUGCAAAAUCAAUUGUUUUCUCAAACAGGUGCAGAAAGGCAGCAAUGUCACUUUCCUUUGUGAAUGUUCAUCAGUGAUGGGUAUUCCAAUCCUUUUUGGUCAGCUGGCUCUCCUUUAGCUCGAUUCACUUGAAAGGGCUAUCUUAUUUAGCUUCUCAAUUGGUCUGAAGAAAGUGCAAAUCUCCAAUGUAAAGGUGAAAAGUAGGCUAGAAUUAUGUUACAGUGUGAAAUGCACAUUCAAACAGGUUACAGCUUAUCUAUCCUAAUUAUUAGAUUGCCCCCCUUUUCUUUUUUUACUGAUGUUACCUUACUAGAGAAAUGCAUGUGGAACUCCCUUCAAUAUAGAUUGGGAUAUACAGUCUUUAGUUUAUACAUUUUCUCCUCAGCUGUAAAUAGUUGUUCGAGCUUAAAAGGUAAGGAAAAGAAGGAACCAAAUAAAUUACUUCUUUCACCUAUGCUUUUCAGUCCCCAGUGUUAACCGAAAAGAGCCAUUUAAAAAGAGACUCUUUUUCACCAGCUCACACUAAUGUUCAUGGAAAGUUACUGAUGUCUGUAACCAUUCAAAGAUUGCGGGAGUAGCCUCCUGGUUUGAGAGACAAGAAAAACCCUAGCCAAUAAUAACAGGCGGUGUCUUUGGUCAAGGGGGUUAUUUAUGAACAGUAACCAGUGAUGUUAUUAUUCCAGCCUGCAAAAAUAAUACAGCAACCUUCUGCAAGAUGUGUCACUCAAAUGUUUUGACUAUUGAUCACUAAUCGGUUUUGAGGUGAAUUAGAAGGCAAGAUAGAUUUUACGGGCCAGGAACCAAAACAAACAAUUUCUGCGUUCUAUGACCUGUGUGGCACUUAAAUCUCUUCCACUCCGCGAUUCAAAACAUUUUUUAUACAGUACUGCAUUCCAGGACCGUUUCCUUUCAGUCCUGUCAUAUGACUUUAAAGAUUAAGAGAUGUAACUACAUCUGGGAUACAAAGAUACAGUAUCUCGCAAAGAUCUGAGCUUUGACACACAGAUUAAGGGUUUAUUGAAAGAUUAUUUGGUAUUAAAGAUGAUUAUGAUAUGCAGAAAUCACUGACCUGAAGCACAGGGUGAACUGCUACUGUGUGCUCUGGUCAUAUCUUGACGCUGUAACGAAUAUGUAAUACUUCACUGGAUACCUUAAAUCCAGCUAGAAUUAAAGAGCGGGUAAGCUGAUA